CAAGUAUAAUAUAUAGUUAUAUACUUUAUCUGGGACUCUGGGUUUCUAUUUGCUACUCUACUAGUGUCACUGUGUUUUCUUUCUUUCUUGUAAUUGUUCCUCGUAUUACACAAUCAAGGAGUAUUUGAUUUUGAUCUCUGAGUUGAUUAACUUGCACAUGUUUCUAUAUUUGUUCAUAUGAUUCAUAGGUUGUGAAUGACUGAAUGGAUGGUAAUAAGCAGCAAGCAAGUGAAGUGAGCAUGAUAGAGAAGAGAAGAGAAGUGGUGGUGACCAUUGCAAAUGCUGCAGGUGGAGAGAGCCAUGACUUGAAAGUUGUUGAACCUUCCACACCAAGGGUGGAUUCACCUCAGAGAAUGGAAAAUGAGGUUUCUGCAGCUGCAACAAAGUCACCACCCUUGAACUGUGCUUCCCCUGAAAUAAGGUUCAUGCCUAGUCCAAACAAGCCCCCCAAAAUUCCCACCACCACCAACAACAACAACCUCAUCAGAAGGAAAUCACUCUCAAGGUCAGUGUAUUCCAAGCCCAAAUCAAGAUUUGGUGAACAACCUUACAUUGAUGGUGGUACUACCAUUUUAGAAGAGAAUGAAACUGUAACUUUGCAAGAACAAAUAGGUUCACCAUAUAGAAACUCUUUCAAAUCUGGGGUGGUUAAUAGAACUAUCUCCAUCACUUCUGUUAUCACUCCCAGGACACCAUUGAUGGCUUCUCCUGGUCCUACUGAGGAUCCUGAUGAAAUCAUUUACAAGAAGGUUGAAUUGAGCAAAGGAUACCAUAGGAGACUGACAACUAAGGUUUUGAUUGAAUGGUUUGUGUUUGUAUUCAUUUUUGGUAACCUGCUUGCUAGCUUAACAGUUGGCAAGUUGAGAAAUUUCAAGAUUUGGGGUUUAGGGUUUUGGAGGUGGUGUGUGCUUGUGAUGGUGACAUUUUGUGGCUUGUUGGUCUCCAAAUGGUUCAUGCACCUUGUUGUUUUCUUGAUUGAGAUGAAUUUCUUGUUGAAGAAAAAGGUGUUGUACUUUGUCCAUGGGCUGAAGAAAUGUGUGCAGGUCUUCAUUUGGCUUGGCUUGGUUCUUAUCACAUGGGUUCUGUUAAUCAAUAGCGGCUCGGUCCGGCGAUCGGAUCUUGCCAAUAAAAUUUUGGAUGGUAUAACAUGGACUCUUGUUUCCUUUCUCAUUGGAGCAUUCCUGUGGUUCAUAAAGACAUUGUUGCUGAAGAUUUUGGCAUCAACUUUCCAUGUGAAAUCGUUCUUCGAUCGGAUUCAAGAAUCAAUAUUCCAUCAGUAUAUUCUGCAGACUCUCUCCGGGCCUCCACUUAUAGAAGAGGCUGAGAAGGUUGGGGGAUCGCAAAGCAUCGGUCAUUUUAGUUUCAGGAGCACAACUAGUAAAGGAGGUAAAAAGAAAGAGGUUAUUGAUAUGGCAAAGCUUCACCAGAUAAAGCAAGAGAAAGUUUCUGCGUGGACAAUGAAACUUUUGAUAGAUGCGGUGACAAACUCAAGGCUUACCACAAUCUCUAAUUCACUGGAUGAAAGUUUCUAUGAUUGUGAAAAUGAACAAGCUGAUAAAGAGAUUACAAAUGAGAUGGAAGCAACUGCUGCAGCCUACUACAUUUUUAGGAAUCUUUCUGCGCCUGGUUGCACGUACAUUGAUGAUGAUGAACUGCGAAGGUUCAUGAUUAAGGAAGAAGUGCGUUAUAUAUAUCCCCUACUAGCUGAAGCAGAGACGGGACAAAUUACCAGAAAGUCAUUAACAGCAUGGGUGUUGAAGGUAUACCAAGAACGCAGAGCAUUGGCACAUGCCUUAAGCGACACCAAAACAGCUGUGAAACAAUUAAACAAGCUUAUAUCAGGGCUCUUGGUAGUUGUGACCUUAGUAGUGUGGCUUCUGCUAAUGGAGAUCGCAACAACAAAAUUGCUUUUAUUCCUCUCGUCGCAGCUAUUGCUUGCAGGUUUCAUGUUUUCAAACACAUGCAAGAAUAUAUUUGAAGCUAUCAUCUUUGUAUUCGUAAUGCAUCCGUUUGAUGUUGGUGAUCGAUGUGUUGUAGAUGGUGUUCAGAUGGUUGUUGAAGAAAUGAAUAUAUUGACUACAGUCUUCUUGAAAGCUAAUAAUGAGAAAGUUUACUAUCCAAACUCUGUUCUGGCCACAAAACCCAUUAGCAACUAUUACAGAAGCCCAGAUAUGGUUGAUAAUGUAGAUUUCUCAAUUGAUUUCAUGACACCAGCAGAGAAAAUUGGGGCCCUGAAGGAAAAUAUAAAGAGGUACGUGGAGAAAAAUCCCCAAUACUGGCAUCCUGGUCACAGCUUAAUUGUGAUGGAGAUUGAAAAUGUGAAUAAGAUUAAGAUGAGUCUCUUUGUUAUCCACACAAUGAACUUUCAAGAGUAUCCAGAGAAGAGUAAGCGAAGAAGUGAGCUGGUGAUGGAAAUAAAGAAAAUAUUUGAAGAGCUUAAUAUCAGAUACAACCUUCUUCCGCAAGAUGUUCAUCUCAGACAUGUGGAACCAGAUAUGAGUGCACACAAAUAGAUGAUUCUUGCUCUUUACUCCGCAACAGCAUGAAUGUAGCUUCAUCCAUUUGUUUUAUUUGUCAAAUACCAUCAGAACUUUUUCCUACAUUUAGAUUAUGAAAUUGUGACUUCAGGACUCUUUUUUAUGAGUAUGACUGACUAUUCUAACUAUAUCUGAAUCUGAGAACCAAAUCUUUCACCUUAGUUGUUAAUUUCAGUAGUUUUCUGAUGACAAAACAGUACUUGAGUACCAAAAUAUUCUUCAGGUAUCGUUACGAAAUGGUAACUGGUAAGUGGCAUUGGAUUAUCAA